AACAAGGCAAAGAAGUUUAAUGUGAGCGCUUCAGUUAGGUACAAACGAAAAUCAGUUGAAGAACAUGCAAAUACCGAUCAACAUUUGGCAGCUGUGGAGGCUGAACUAAUGAACAGGGUUUCUACUUUCCAGUAGCAGAUUGACAAGAGAGAGGAGAUAAAAGAGGACAUGUAUUAUAACAUAUUUUUGAGCUUGUACUGGAUUGCCAAAGAAGAACUUGCCAAUUGCAAAUUUGUUUGACUUACUGAACUACUCCGAUUACUGAAACUGCCUGAUAUCCAGUACUUUGACCAUAAGUCGGCAGGUUCUGUGAGGCAGAUGUUUCUUAUUCUUGGAGAAACAAUUAGAGAGCAAGUUCUUCAGAAAGUAGGCAAAGCUAACUUCUUCAGCAUUCUUUGCGAUGAAGUUUGCGACGUCUCAAACAAAGAGCAACUCAUCAGUUUUGUUCAGUACGUUGAUCAACACUCUGGCAUGCCAGAUGUCAAAUUUCUUGCAAUUGAUGAUGUUCUUGAAGAAUUUACUUCUGCCAAUGCCAAUGCAAUCAAAAGCAUGUUAAUCAAGCAGAUGGCCGCAGCUGAGCUUGACAAGACAAAGCUAACUGGUCUUGCUACAGAUGGCUGCAGUGUUAUGACUGGUAAGAAAAAUGGAGUAGCUGUUCAGUUGCAUAGAGAAUGCAAGCUCAUGUUGAAUGUUCACUGCAUAUGCCACAGAUUGGCACUUGCAUGUGGCGAUGCCAAUGAUCAUGUUAGCUACAUCAAGACAGUCGAGAAGGUGUUGCUGCAGCUUUGGACUUUUUUAAAAAACUCCACAAAGCGAAGUGCAGCCUACGCCAAGGCAGCAGUGGCGGCAAAGGUGCUGGUGGUUUCGAAUAAUAAAAGCAAGAAAGUUAUCGCAAAGAAAGUGAAGAAAGCAUGCAGAACAAGGUGGCUGUCAAUUGAUCUGGCAAUUAGAGGAGUGUUUGAAGACUUUGUGCCUUUGACACAAACCCUCAGACUUUACAAACAAUUGGAAAAUGACAGUACAGCCAUUGGCCUGCUCAAGCAAACAGCCAAUAUCCAGUUCCUUUCUGCUGUGUACCUCCUGCACGAGGCUCUACCUGCCCUUUCUCAUCUGAGCAAAGCUUUUCAGCGAGGGACAGUAUCAUUUUCUGCUAUCCAACCAGCAAUUGAUUACACCCUUGAUCAACUUACUGAGAUCGCUGCUGAGAAGAAGCCAUUGAGAAAAUUACAGAAGGACCUUGGUGAAGGUGGCAGGCUUGCCACGACCGAGAUUUCUUUGACACCCACAGCUGAGUCUUAUCUGCAAAACCUUACAGUGAAGUACACUGAUUCACUGAAGGACAACAUCAACAAUAGAUUCUCUGAGAGCCUUCCAGUUUUGUCAGCCUUCAAGAUCUUUGACCCAAUUGCAGUACCAAACAGAUCAGAUCUGUCCUUCACGGAAUAUGGUGUCGCAGAAAUCAAGAUCUUAGCGACUCAUUUCUAUCUAUCAGGAAGCAGUUGAUGCAGAUCAAAAAGAGAAAGCAGAGGAGCAAAUAUGCGAGUGGAAGAAAUUUAAAUACAACCUGCUGCAAUUAAAAAAUGAGAUACCUCAGCACAUUCUGCAUCCCCUCAAAAAUAGAAAUCUGGUUUCUGCAACUCCAACAGAGUGGGCUCUUCAUCAAAUGUUGUCGCAACGUGCAACAUACGAGCACUUUAUGCCAUUGCUGCUACAUAUUGUAGAAGUUUGUCUGUCUCUUCCAGUAUCCAAUGCCUGGCCGGAAAGAGGUGCGUCAGCUUUAAAAAGGUUAAAAACUCGUCUGCGCAACACUCUCAAGAACAACAUGUUGGAGGCCCUGAUGCAUGUCUCGAUCAACGGUCCAGGAAUUGAUGAAUGUGGACCCAUUAUUGAAGCUUCUGUGAAGAAAUGGUUACCCAAACGUAAAAAAACUGGCAAAAGCAAGGAAGACACUUUCCACCAAUGA